CGGCCGUUGGGGCGGCGCGUCACCGCUCUGCCGUUCCCAGGCGCUGGCGGGCCCGGAGCGUGGCGGCGGCAUGAGGCCCCACCGGAGCAGGCCGAUGCCGGGCAGCCCCGCCGUGGCCGUGGCGUUCCCGGGAGCCGUGUGCCGGGGCAGCGGCUACCGCUUCGCCUGCGAGCUCCUGAAGCACGUCCUGCACCAGAGGAACCAGCUCCCGCUGCCUUACGAGCAGCUCAGCUACUUCUGCCGGCGGGCGGCCCAGGAUGGAGAUGGAAUUGAGAAGCCGCUCUCCSUGGGCCUGGCAAGCAGAAAGUGCCAGCAGGUGCUGACCGAGCUGGACGGAUUGUUCCAGCACCUGGAAGUCAUGUUCAGUUUGACACUGGUUCCUCGGGUUCUUUUCCUGCUUGGAGGCAAUGUCAUGAACCCCAAGGAGCUAUAUGAGCUGAACCUGGAAGAGUUCUGUGAGGGCRCUGCUGAGGAGAGCCUCCAGACUGCGCCCUGUGUUCGCCAGCUCUUUCACCGCCUGUUUGUUGCAGAUGUCUUCAGUGAACUUAAGGCCCUCCCUGUCACAGGCACUCUUGUCCUGGUCCAGGGACACCGUGACUGCGGUGUUGAGUGGUUCCGGCCCAAGCUCAACUACAAAGUGCCAACCCGAGGGAGGAAGCUGACUGUUAAGUUGUCCUGUGAUGGAGACCUCCAGCUCAGUGCCUCGCCUCCACAGCACAUGGYGCCUGCUUGGGAGGAUUAUGUCUGGUUCCAAGCACCAGUGACCCUCAAAGGCUUUAGUGAAUGAAUGGUUUCCACAGAAGUUUAAUUGGAAUAUUGAUUACCUUUUUCUUUUCUUUAAGUGUUAAUUUAGCAAAUGUAAUCAUGRAUUUUCAAACCACGUCAAACCAUGAAUUUUUUGUUUCCAUGGUGUCUACUGUCUUCCUGUAACUUGGCAGUGCUCAUCUGUCAUCCAUAUUUCCUGAGUUGUUGUCGAAGGCAAAUCCACUUUAAGGCACAGUUGCACACAAGUCCAGUGAUUCUUUUGGGACUUGRUCUCUGACACGGGAUGAACUAAUGUAAGGGGAGCAAAACUCCCCUGCUGUGUGCUUGGUGAACUGACAAAUGCUAGAUACAUAUUAUUUUCUCCUGAAAUUAAUUUGGCUAUUUUCUGACCCUGCCUUUGCAACGUUACCCACAGGCUAUUUAGGUGAAUUUACUUGCAACAAAAUAACUUUCCGUGAGGAAGAUGUUCUGCAGUCCUUAAAAGGCUUUCCAUAGCAAGAAAACCAGGCAGCAAAACUGGAGUGGGACCAGGUAAUAUUGUUGUGGAAGAGAGAUUUCUUUCUGGCUAGUAGAGAAUGGGGUGGGACAAAGUCAGUUCCUCUGCAGAGGGCCCCACCAGGGCUGCUGGGACCGGGCUGGGGACCAGCAGAGCCGCUUCCAGGGCUGCCCCCUGCAGCCCUGCAAGCAGCAGCUGCAGCUCCCGGCACCGCCUCAACUGAUKUGAUGCGUGCCCCUCUUGAGUAUUUAAGCACUUGCCCAUUUAUUUGAUAAAAUAACACUUCCCCAUAACUCACUUUCUGUUCCUUAACAUUCCCAAGUAAGACUUCUCAGCAACUGGAAAAUCUAGUACCUAGUGCUGUCCUGGAGACUGAAAUAGAUCAAUUCUGUGGAGGCAGGGUAGCAAUAUGCAAUUUCUUUUAUUGUUACUAAUCUUUAGUUUAACAGCCCUGACAAUCGGUUAGAUACACAGAUAAGAUUAAGCAGUUUCUACUCUCACCCUCUUCAGAGAAAGUUAAGAGUGCUGCCCCAAUAUGGUACAYUGCUCUCACUUAAAGAAGAAACUUWGUCUUUGACUUAAACGUUUCUCAAAUGUGUAGAAGUCAGGAGAAUGCGAUUAAGUUCAGCACUAUCUUUACGUGUCAAAUUCCUGUUCUUAGUCGCAUUCUAUCACUUGGAAGCAGAACUUGAGGCUGUUCUUCUGGGCUGGUGUCUACUGCAGAACAGGACAGGGAGAGAAGCCCUGAGAGCACAAUGUGUUAGAACUAGAUAUCUGCUGGAGUUGUCUUCAGUCAGCUAGGCACUUGUCUGUGCUGUAAUCAGCUUUUUCUAGCUUAACAACUCCAUCCCAUUUGAAGAUAAACGUGAGCCUACUCGUAGUGAGGAUACUUGCUGUUACUAGUCAAAAAUGCACAAUGGGGUAGUAAAAAUCCUUUAUAAAGAGGGUAAAGGUUGUAGUAACCCUCUACACUUGGUGUGUAUUUUAAGUGAUUUUUUGGAAUGGAAUGGGAUGACAGAUGUAGGAGAAUAUAAUUUUAUAUUUUUCAGCUUGGAGAACACAGCUGGAUUAUCCAUUAAUAACUAUUUACAAUGAGCAGUAGCUGCUYCUUAAGCUCAUUCUAAGGGGAAAAAUCAUUAGUGAAGAAAGCUGCCUUAUGUGCAGCUGCCCACUUGAAMAUGAAAUCCCAGUCUCUUGAAUGAAAUAUAACUUGAAUGUAGGAGUGUUUGUGCUCAGGAGAUCAAAACUCUUUACACUUCCCCCAAAGAUGCUUGUAACACGUGCUUAAGAAGCUAGUGUCCAAGUCUUUAAAGAARCUUUUGAACAGAAGCCUUAGCCAGUUCCUUUCACCUCUCUUCCUCAUAUGAGUGCAAUGUCMCUGCAAUAAACUGUUUACAUAUUCUAUUAUACUUGAACUAAGAACGCAGCAACGAUAUGGUGCUUGGAAUAAAAGAACACAAAAUGCUAUUGGGUUUUGGUGGGGGUUUCUGGAUUUAUUUUUAAUGAAAGUAUUUAGAGAUUGAUUAGUAGGUAUAAUACUGUAAUUAUUAUCCAAAUAAAUUGCUAAUUUUUAUAUCUUACUACAAUGCACUUGUUUAAUCCUUCAGAAUAAAAGUUCUGUGGGUGAUAGAACAACUUGCUUCCAUUCUACGCAAGUGUUUCCACUGCAGSCUCAMAGCUGUUCCACUUUUCAGACAAACUGCAYGAUGUCUUGUGCAAGAAGCUUUGGUUCCACUUCAUCUAUUCUUUGACCCAAGUGUGGCUGUGGUGC